AUGUCUUCAACGUCAGCUUUAAGUCGUGCGGUUACGAAAAAAGGAGUUCCGAGACUCCUUCAACUUUGUUAUAAGAAAUUAAUUUCCCAUAAGCAUCUUCUAUAUAAAGUGGGUAAGGCGCCUUAUUAUUUGUUAAAACGAGUCCUUCGACAUUGUACACCGGAUGAAUUAAGGAAUUUAGAAGAAGCAAAUCCGCACCUCAUGGAUGAGGACAUGGAAUUGUGGAAGGAUCAUUAUAUCCGUGCUCAUCCAAACUCCUCAAGAAGCGUUAUUGACUCCGAUAAUGAAGAUUGGCGUCAGCUUUAUUGGAGAUCAAAAGAAGAACAAGCGGAAAGAUUAGCUAGUUGGCAAAAAAUGACACCUCUUCAGAAGCUGCGACGAAGUCAUGAAAAGAAUGAUUAUUAUCGACCAGCUUUUAAACAACAAGAGUCGAGUACGAUUAGGCCGAGAAGUGAUCAAAUUGGUUUAAAAAAUAAUUUACGUCAUGAACCAUAUCCUACUGUUGGUGCUGUUACCUCUCAAAGGAAAGGUAAUUCCGUUGUACCGAAUAAUAAUUAUUACUCUUCUGUAAACUCUCGCAUCACAAAUUCUGUACCCUCUCGGCGGUCUCACAUGGAUUCAGGCAGUCGUACUGGGCCAAUAAGAUCUGCUGCCGUUCCUGAGAGUUCUCGCAUCACAAAGUCCGCUGCAUUAGCCGCAUCACGGACCCCAAUACCAGUGACAACCGCCUCAAACAGAGUCGUUGCUAAGAAAAAUACUACCAAGUCGUCAGAUAGCUCACAUGUUAUAAAGACAAAGUCGGAUGUUCGUCAGAAAGUUUAUCCAAAGACUAGUUAUGAUAUUCAAAAUGCUAAAACUGCUACCAUCAAAUCCUCUAAACAUUUAAAGCCUAAAAGAUUGGCUUGA